GUUCAACCGGUUCUAACAGUUCUUUGAUUGUCUUAUCCUGCAAAUGGGUGGAAGCAAUUUGACAGAAAGGGUCAACAAACUGGUCAAAUAUCCCCAUUGCAUCACUCUUUAGUUGAUCUAGGUCCCCAGAAUGUCUCUCAAUCAUGUCGCUCAUUUGCUGUUUUAGGUGCUCCAAUAAUGCGGCCUGAUAUUGCUGGACUCCACCCACCAUUUGGUUAACAGCUCUCUGGGGAGUAAAAAACAAACAAACAACAUUAUAAAAUUCACAUACAUGCAAACUCAGACACUUUUUUUUAAAGUAACCCUUCAAUUACAUAUUGUUAGUGACAUGCAAUGAUCAAAAACUAAACUAUCAUUAAUUAAUUUUGCCUUCUGCAACUUUAAGACCAUGCUUACACUUGGUUUUAAAAUGUGUUUUGAGCAGUAGGAUCACAUAUGGACAGUGCUGAGUAAAAGUGUAAGUGUUGGUUGUAUUAUGAUGUCUCUAUUCUUAGCUCAUGCUAAACAAAUAUAGUGGAUGGGCAGAUUUUGUAAGCAAAGUACAUGAACAUUUGCCUAUAGCGGGGAAGUGAGAUCACUGAGGAAGCAUGUGGAGACACAUUCGAAUGUCAAGUGUUUCUCUGACAUACUGCACCUUCAGCUGACCACCUGUGAUCGGAUUAACCAAAAUACCAGGUCUGAACAGUGGCUAAGUAAUUCUACAGUAUAAGCUUAUUGCUUUUAACAACCAAAAAUUAAAUAUAAUUAAUUGGAAAUUCAAUGCCAUAAAUUACCUGUGUCAGUCGAUGGGUUUCUCUGGCUUGAAGAAGAAAUGCAGUUGCAUGUUUAGAAAGGUCAACAUUCAUGCGACCCUCUCCAUCUUCUUGAAUUCCACUCUGAAAGAGAUUAACAACAAACAUCUAAUAAAACAGGAACGAUAUUGGCAUUUGUAAGUAGCACCACCAGAUAAUCUGACAACUACCUAGUUGUCACAUUAUCUAGAUAACUUAACUAGAUUUCUUCCUAUAAAAAAGGUACAGGAUGGGUGUAUUUUUAUACUGAUACAACAAAAACAAAAAUUAAUAAAAACAAAACCGUACUAUUAAAAAACUGACUUUGACAGCAUCAGAAAAAAUAUGUACUUUUUGAGUGUUAAGAUUGACACACAUGCUUAGUUGUAUCCCUUCACUGUUUUUCUUGCCAUGAAUUAACAUUAUUAAAGGCCUUUGAACUGAACUUAUUCCAAUAAGCUAUAAGACAACUUCCUAACACACACUGUCAUAAAGACCGUAACCUGCAAGUUAUAACUCUGUGAAUGAUAAGCUAAUAAUUGUUGCAGCCUCUAUGCUAGAUUGAAACUGUUGAAGGAUAACCUGUAAUUUUUAAUUUGUUGUUUAUUCGCGUGGGAGUUACUGCUUCGAUUACUCGUCAUUGACAAAAAUAGUGGAAUUACAGUAACGCAUUACUUUCAGCACCGCUAUUACUUUAUCUAAAACUCUAAAACAACCGCAGCCUGUCAUUGAAAAAAACCAACACGUGCUUGGAUCAAGCAGUUGACCUAAAUAAAUGUUACUUUUAAUUGUGGUUGUGUAACAACUUACCGCUGGAAUGACGAUGCUUGAGCCCUCCGCUUCAGCCACAGGGCUUGCAUUGGUUUGGUCGUUUGCGGCUGUCCUUUCACCUGCUCCAGGUAAACCAUGGCGAGUCGGUCCUUCCUCCUCCGCCACUUCAACUUGGAGAAGAUGAUGAGUGUGUGUCCGCUUCACGUGAUAGUAGAAGGAGUUAUACACCCUGUACUCACUUGGACAGCCAUCAAUCCCGCACACGACGCGAAAGUCAGGGCUGCGACUGUGCAUGGUGUUAAUGUGACUCAAAAGUUGUUUCAGAGUCAAUGCCACAAAUAUGUAGCAUAUGAAGCAACGCCAAAUCAUCUUCGAAGAUGUCACAGGCAAGAGGACGGUAAACUGGUCACAGGCACAGGUAGGUAGCGCAAGACUGUCGUAAAAACUCGUUACUAUGGUUACACCCGCCACAUAGGCGCUGCAAAUGAAAAUGUGGGCGUAAACUGACGUUAUACGGGACCGACUUGGAUUUGAACUAGGACUAACGUGUUUAUUGAAGGUAAAUUAAAGCGCUGUAUCCAGUGCUCAUUAUUUAAAGUUCACGGCGCACAUCUUUUUAAUGUAAUCGACGUUUCAAUGUGUUUUAAGUGUUUGUUGUAUAUCGUUGCAGCCGAACAGAGAACGUUAGCGGAGCGAACGAACUUGCUAGCUAGCUAGCUAAGUCAGCAAGCUAACAGCAUGGAAGAGUUGGAUGAUGUCACAGUGUUGGUGUUAAGGGCUGCAAAUAUCACAGAGACAAUGAUGAGCACCCUGUCUCGUGAAGACUUGCGGGAUCUUUUCCCAGGCCCAGAGAACUUUUUACGGAGAAAAGCAUUCUGGCGUGCCUGUCACGGUGCAUCAGAGGAGGAGUCUGGCCAAGAACACUCAAAUUUAUCGGGCAGUUCCUCCUUUAAUACAUCACCCAUGCGACUGACAUCCACUCCUGUGAACGCAAGUCCUACAAACCACAAAACCCCUGAAAAGGUUGUGAAGUUAUACUCUCCAGAAUAUGUAUUGCACACCGACACAGAACUUGAACAAGUCCGACAACAAUACUUUGAGUUGUCAAAGAGAGGCGAACAGCGCAACAGCCAGAUGUCAAAGGAGCUCAGAUGCCGGCUCAUUCGAAACACCAUGACCAGUAUGAUUGCAAUCCUGAGGGCAAAGGGGGAUGGAGAAUCGCACAGAUACCCAUCAAAGCCAGAAAUUACAGCAAUGGCAAAGAGAAUAGUACUGUACUACCCCAUGCUGCAGGACCAGGGCCUCCAUACAUGGGUCACUGUUUACACACAGCUAAACAAAAGAUUGCAAAAUGUGAGAUCCCCCCAAAAAAGAACUCCAGAUGGGAGACAUUCAAAGAGCUCUACAAAAAGGCGCUGUCUUGAGCAGCCAACAGACACAGAUGAAAUGGAUUCAAGUGACUCAACAAUCAUUCUAGAUCUGUCCACAGAAGGAAGUGGAAGUUCAGGCAAAGAAAGUGAGUUAGAAGGAAAAAAAAGAUUCCACAGCCUACCUGAAGAAGCACCAUCUGCCCUCUCCAGUCCUGAUGCUAACAAGUCUGCAGAUGUUGACAGUCCAGACACCUACAGUCCAGCAACCUUGGCCAAGCACUACAAGACCCUACAAACUUUGUAUAAAAGAAAAAAUCCAAACCACCAGGACGUCUCUCAUCUCUUGGAUUUGGAAUUUGUAGCCAGAAGAGCAUUCAUUGAUUCAAAUACCAUUCGUGAGGAGGAGAGACACCAGAAGGUUCUAGAAGCAUAUCCUUGUUUCAAGGAUGUUGGACACGUGAUGGAGGAGCUUCAACGCAUUUUGGAUAAAGAUAAUACCAACUUCAUCAAUGAACUGAAGGGAAGAUGGCAUGACUUCUGCCAGAAGGUGCAGUUUUUUGGUGUAUGGAAAAAGGCGCUGAAACCCCCAAUCGGAAUGGACAAAGCUGAACAGGCUCUUGAGAUCCUACGUGUGCUGCCAUUACUGUUCCCCUCCACGUCUGCUCCUCCAAAGAGGGUACGAGAUGCGAAUGAGGCUCUGGUACAUGUCCUCGAGGAAACAGAAGACCCCAAUUCCUACUUGAAGAAACGCCCUCUCUCCUGCCCAGUCCUGAUAGUCAGCUCGUCCAACUGCCUCCUAGUGGUAGGAGAUGUGGCAAUAACCACCUUUCCAAAAGACGAGCUUACAGAGAGUGCUUUAUACCUUAUGGCCUACUAUUACACCCUACACCUGACUUAUCCAAAGUGUGUAGCCACUCUGCUUUCAGUCAUACAGACGGAGGUCCUCUUAGACAAAAUCCAUGAGAGAGAUCUCACGUCUUCUUACAAGAAGAGCAUGGCUGAGUGGAAAGGUUUUAUUGGCCAAUAAAACCAUUGCAAUGCACAGAUUUGGUUCAUGUAUUGAGGGGUACUUUGGUCAGAUGUUUUGAUCUAUCCUCAACUUACACACAUAUUUGGCAUGUUCUAUGUUUUCUUAUUGCAGUUGCAGAAAUACUGUGAGCUAAAAUGUUGAGGAAAAUUUGCAACUUUUAUGCAGACUUUUUGCUGUAUAAAUAAAACGGAAGUUGGUUAAAUGCAAGACUAGUUUUAAUGUUUUCUGUAUUAUAAUAAGUAUGUAAUGUUUUGAAUCUAGUAGGUGAAAUCUUGAAUCUAGAACAGUAUUACUUUUGUAGAGCUUACAAUACGGUAAAUACACUUGAGAUAAUGACAGGAUGGUAAAUUACAGCUUAUUAUGGCAAAAGAGCACUGCCUAAUACGAGUCAGGAAUGUUAACUUCAAUACAUUUUGUCUAAAAAUGUCAGUUUCUAAUCUUAUUUCAAGUAGGUGGUUGACUUAAAUCUAGAACAGUGUAACAAUUAUAGAACUAAAAAUUAUUUAAAUACACCUGCUACUUUUUAGGGGAAAAUACUAUUUUUGAGAAUCACAGGUUUAUUAGACACAAAUAAAAAACCACAAUACUAGUUAAAUAUAGCUAAAAAUGAGUUUUCCCAGCUAAGUUCAAGAUCACUCUCAUCUUGUAAAGCUUAAAUACAAUGUCUUAUUUCAAGAAAUCUUACCAAGAGAAUUUUGACUUGUUCCAUUGGCAGAUUUUUUUGCUUAUUACAAGCAAAGAUAUCUUGUAUUAAUUUUUUUUUGCUUAUUUUUG